UGUUUUAAUGGAAAUCUGUUCCUGAUGGUUUUUCACUCAUGACCGGCUGUCACAGGAUAACUAGGUAGCCUGGAAUUUUUCAAACCAUUCUUCUUCUUUUUUUUUCCUUUCCGAUGCUGUGAGGAAUUCGAUUCAGAGAAUAUUGUGCUGUGAUGUUACACGUCUCCCUCAAACUGUAGUGGACAGACGACGCUGCUCUGUGAUGGAUAAUGCUCAUACAAAGACAGUGGAGGAGGUUUUGGGCUUCUUUGGGGUAAAUGAAUCUACAGGCCUGAGCUGUGAGCAGCUGAAGAGGAACAGGGAGAGAUGGGGACCCAAUGAAUUGCCAGCUGAGGAAGGGAAGUCACUCUGGGAGCUAGUUCUGGAACAGUUUGAAGACUUGCUGGUUCGAAUCUUAUUGCUGGCUGCAUGCAUCUCCUUUACCCUGGCAUGGUUUGAAGAAGGAGAGGGAACGAUAACAGCCUUUGUUGAACCCUUCGUCAUUCUCCUCAUCCUCAUCGCUAAUGCUAUUGUUGGAGUAUGGCAGGAGCGCAAUGCAGAGAAUGCUAUUGAGGCUCUGAAGGAGUACGAACCAGAGAUGGGCAAGGUGUACCGACAGGACAAGAAGAGCGUCCAGAGGGUCAGAGCCAGAGACAUUGUACCCCCAUCCCAACCCCAAGUUGGUGAUAAGGUCCCAGCUGACAUCAGGCUGACUUCCAUCCGUUCCACCACACUCAGGGUGGACCAGUCCAUUCUGACAGGGGAGUCUGUGUCAGUGCUGAAACACACAGAUCCUGUACCAGAUCCCAGAGCUGUCAACCAGGACAAGAAGAACAUGCUGUUCUCCGGUACCAAUAUUGCAGCGGGCCGAGCCAUUGGGGUUGUCGUGGCAACAGGGGUGCAGACAGAGAUUGGAAAAAUCCGAGACGAGAUGGCAUCCACUGACCCUGAAAGAACCCCACUACAACAGAAAUUAGACCAGUUUGGAGAACAACUGUCUAAGGUCAUCAGUGUGAUAUGUGUGGCUGUGUGGGCCAUCAAUGUGGGACAUUUCAAUGACCCAGUCCAUGGAGGCAGCUGGCUGAGAGGAGCUGUUUAUUAUUUCAAGAUUGCAGUCGCACUGGCAGUAGCCGCAAUACCAGAAGGCCUUCCAGCAGUCAUCACUACUUGCCUGGCACUAGGCACCAGGAGGAUGGCCAGAAAGAACGCCAUUGUCCGCAGCCUGCCUUCAGUGGAGACGCUGGGUUGCACCUCUGUGAUCUGCUCCGAUAAAACAGGAACAUUAACCACCAACCAGAUGUCAGUCUGCAGGAUGUUCAUAGUAGACAGUGUGUCGGGGGAGCGCUGCAGCCUUAGUGAAUUUGCAGUGACUGGAUCUACUUAUGCCCCUGAAGGAGAAGUUUACAAGGAUGGCUCGAUGGUAAAGUGCAGUCAGUUUGAAGGCCUGGUGGAGAUGGCUUCCAUCUGUGCUCUGUGUAAUGACUCAUCACUGGACUAUAAUGAGGCAAAGGGUGUGUACGAAAAGGUCGGCGAAGCAACAGAGACUGCCCUCUGCUGUCUGGUUGAGAAAAUGAAUGUGUUCGACACUGACCUGAGAGGACUUAGCUCAGCUGAGAGAGCUACGGCCUGCUGCUCUGUGAUUAAACAGCUGAUGCGGAAGGAGCUGACGCUUGAGUUUUCCAGAGACAGGAAGUCUAUGUCUGUCUUCUGUUCAUCUAAUAAACUCACUAGGUUUGCCUCUGGAGCCAAGAUGUUUGUCAAGGGAGCUCCAGAGAGCAUGCUGGAGCGCUGUAAUUAUAUCCGGGUUAGUGGCUCAGCUCGUGUGCCUUUGAGCCCGGCAGUUCGAGAACAGAUCCUGUCCACUGUACGGGAGUGGGGGUCAGGCCGAGACACGCUGCGUUGCCUUGCCAUGGCAACCAGGGACACACCCCCUGACAUUCACUGUCUCAACCUGGAGAACUCAGCGGCCUUUGCUGACUAUGAGUCGGACCUCACCUUUGUUGGCUGUGUGGGCAUGUUGGACCCUCCCAGGAAAGAGGUUCUUGGUGCAGUCCAAAUGUGUCGGCAAGCUGGCAUUCGAGUCAUCAUGAUCACAGGUGACAACAAAGGGACAGCCCUGUCUAUCUGCAGGAGGGUCGGCAUCAUCACAGAGCAGGAAGAGGAACAGGAGGGCACUGGGAUCGUUGGGGGCCUGACUGGGAGGGAGUUUGACGAGCUGCCUCCUCACCUGCAACGUCAGGCCUGUCGGACCGCGCACUGCUUCGCCCGUGUGGAACCGGCCCACAAGAGCCGUAUAGUGGAGUACCUGCAAAGCCUAAGUGACAUCACUGCCAUGACUGGAGAUGGGGUGAACGAUGCACCAGCACUGAAGAAGGCAGAGAUUGGCAUUGCUAUGGGCAGUGGCACAGCAGUGGCCAAGUCAGCGUCUGAGAUGAUCCUGGCUGAUGACAACUUCUCCACCAUUGUGGCCGCUGUAGAGGAGGGCAGAGCCAUUUACAACAACAUGAAACAGUUUAUCAGAUACCUGAUAUCGUCCAACAUAGGAGAAGUGGUCUGUAUUUUCUUAACAGCGGCCCUGGGCAUGCCUGAAGCUCUGAUCCCAGUCCAGCUGCUAUGGGUCAACCUGGUCACUGACGGUUUCCCAGCAACUGCUUUGGGCUUCAACCCUCCAGACCUGGACAUCAUGUCUCGUCCUCCCCGCACCCCCAAAGAGCCUCUAAUCUCCAGUUGGCUGUUCUGUCGCUACCUCAUCAUUGGAUGCUAUGUGGGAGCAGCCACUGUAGGAGCUGCAGCCUGGUGGUUUAUGGCAGCCCAUGAUGGACCAAAACUUUCCUUCUAUCAACUGUCCCAUUAUCUGCAGUGCACUGAAGGCCAUGUCGAGUUUGCUGGUGUGCAGUGUUCAGUCUUUGAGUCUCCUUAUCCAAUGACUAUGGCUCUGUCUGUGCUGGUCACCAUAGAGAUGUGCAAUGCCUUAAACAGUCUUUCAGAAAACCAGUCCUUGCUAAAAAUGCCCCCUUGGUCAAACCCCUGGCUGGUGGGGGCCAUCUGUCUAUCCAUGACCCUACAUUUCCUGAUUCUAUACGUAGACCCACUUCCGGUCAUAUUCCAGAUACGACCACUGUCAUGGCCUCAGUGGGUGGUGGUGUUGAAGAUGUCACUUCCUGUCAUCUUGAUGGAUGAGGCCCUCAAGUUAUUGGCCCGCAGCUAUAUCGAGCCAGGCACCCAGAUCCAGUCGCUUGAAGAGGAAGAUGAGCUGCAGCGAGCAAGGGCCAGUGGGGGAUUGGUCGGUGUAGUGAUAACAAGGCUACAUCACUCAGUGAAAGGCGUGUCCUGGUCAUUCGUUCUGAUCUCUGCACCACUAGUAAUCUGGAUCUUCAGCCUGGACUCUGACAUUACCAACAUCUUCUGGGAGUGACUAGAGAAACUGAGGACGGGUAGGCAAGAGUGAAAUAAGAAAGAGAAAAGCUAAAGAUGGUAUAUUGGCUCUUUCAGUAAGGAAAAGGCAAAGCAAAGGUGAUGAAUGUUUUGUGAGAUACAAGAAUGUAAAAGAUACCAAGUGAAACACUGAGCCAACAGACAAUCAGAAAAAAAAACUAAAAGAAACUGCAAGGAAGUUUUAUAUGAUGAUCUCUUGAGGAUUUAAGGUGCUGCAUGUGGCUAUUUUUCUUCAUUGUUUAGGUCACAUUUCCCUUAAAUCAACAUGCUUACUUACACCAUAAUUGUACCUAGAUCUUCUUUUUUCGGCUAUAGAGCUGCCACUGUUGGUCCGUUUGUCAUUCCUGCACUAUGGUCCACAAAGUGAAGCAUUUGUCUGACCAAAUACCUCUAAAAUCAACAUACUAACCUGCUUACUUUUGCAUUCUAAAAUAUGAAGUUUACCAUAAACAUUAGCAUGCUAAAGUAAACAUGCUUGUUCAAAACUAGUAAGCAGGAUAAAUAAACUAUAAAAUGAGCAACAUUGGCACUGGAAGAAAACGUAAAGACUACCAUCAGAAUCGUUAGCUUAUGCAAAGCAUUUUAGAAUUUACACGUCUUUCCAAAACUUGACCCAGAAACUUACAGAUCAUCAGUGGUUCCUUUUUUUGGCUUUACUGUUUGCAUUUAUCUCCUCAAUAGUUUAGUUUAUUUCUGACUGACCUGCUUUAGAGAUCUGAACAUGGUUGUUCCAGUAAAACUUCAUCCGUGUGUCUAUUACUCAUCGAAUGCAUUCCACAGGAGGGCAGUGUAAAGUCACAAGUUAUAACAUGGCUUCAAAAAAUGAUAGUUUCAGGAGACAAAAACAAUCUAAGCUUGCCUGACAAUCUUCUGUAAUUGCGUGUAUAACUUUGCUUUAUCCAUAUAUGAAUACAGAGAGGAAUAUGCGUGUAGUUAGUAGUACCCAGUAGUUUAGAGUGAGAGGGAAACGUCCAACCAAGUUUAACUUUUUUUUUGUUUCAAGAUGUGCUUUUUUCACUUUAAUUUAACAGUAUUUUGUCAAUGAGUUUGGGCUCAGAUGAGUCCAACAUAUACCUUUAAUUGUUAUGUUUUCAAUCUAAUCAGAAUGGCUCAAAUAUAAGCAAGCUAAUGUUCUGUCAGAUAGUUAAGCAGCUGCUUCACCUGCCUCCUGGUACAUAUUUAGUAACAGCCACUCUUGACCAAAAAAAGUCAUUGUUGUGGUCUAACCCAUUUUCACUUUCUCAUUCCAGAAAUCCCUACAUUAUACACUGAUGACCCACACCAUUAAAACCACUGUCAGGUGAAGUGAAUAACACUAAUAAUCCCGUUUCAAUGGGAAACCCUUAGGUCCACACAUUCCUGCUGUCUUGGCAGCACAAGCAAAACCCAUGAAAUAUUUCACAGGUGGUUUUAAUGUUAUGGCCUAUCAGUAUAAGUCUACAUAUGAACUUAGGAAAAAUGUGGGAAGGUAAAGGGUAAUGUAACUGUAACUCAUACUACAAAAUAAAAAGACAAAAAUUCCAGAAGUCAGAAAAGUAUUUGUGUAGUAGGAAUAAGUUGUUAAUCACCCUGACUGUUGAUAUAAGUGCAUGUUGAUAAUGUAUUAAUGGUAAAAUGCUACACAUAGCACCGUUUAGAACAACAUUUCUGCUUAAAAAGUGAGUAAAUUAAACACACACACACACACACACACACACACAUAGACCAGCACAAGUAAUAAUAUCUGCUUAGUGACAAGUGAUUGAGCCAGUUAAUUAAAUGUACAACAGAAUCUCAUAUCUGGAUGCUUUAACAGUCUUUAUGCUGUAAUGCAAAACUGUUCACAUUACUGUUAAGACUUUCUUUUAGAUACUUUACAUAGGACCAAAGGAGGUAUUUAACUUGUAAAGGAGGACUAUUAGCAGACCAUUUCCAAAUGUAUGUUACUGCACAUCAUACAUUUUAAACACGUAAAUUGAGCUUUAUAUGACCAGGUACUUUAAACAUCCUAAGGUUGCACAGACAGGCUGAUGCAGGAUUGAAGCUAGAGCUUUUAGCAGAUCUGUUCGACAUAAAUUCCUUAUUAUAGCUCAUCUUUAGUCAUACAGUAGGACCGACAGUGAGUGUUUCCUUUAUAUGUGUUUUUGCAAUAUCUUGUCAUUGUGAGAUCUCACCUGGUUUGCCAUUGAAGGUGUUUUCUAUUUGUUUUUGUCUGAUGCAGUUUCAGUGACUGUUGUGUAUGCCAUAAGAGAAAUAUCAAGAUUUACUUGCAAGGGGGGAAAAUUAGAUUUGAGAAAGGUCAUAAUUGAUAUUUAUAUGAAAAAUAAAAAGCCAUGUCAUGAUAGCAGUGAAGUCACAGUAAGUAGAGCUACAUGUGAUUCUAAUGAAAGGCUUGUUUGUGGUCACUUUCCUCUGAGCAGCAUGCAGUACAGCCCCGGCCCACUCUCCUAUUUGUCCUCGUUCGCUGGUGAAGUGACGUGACCACAUUUGGCUGUCAGGCAAAGUGACCUGAAGCCUUACCACUGUCUUGUUUUUUUUGUUUUAAAAAUUCCAACCUUGUUCUGAAUAUUGAAACUUUUUUUUUGUAUAAUGGCAACUUCAUUCUUGUAAUAUGACUUUGUCAGAUUUAUUUCUUCUUUUGAAAACUGCAACUAUCUUCCAUGUAAUUUUUGACAUUAUUUUCAAAAUUACAACUGUAUUCUUAUAAUAUUCUUUAUUCCUGAAAAUAUAAGACUGUUUCUUGUAAAACUGCCACUUUAUUCAAAACUGAGAUAUUAUUCUCAUUAUGGUAUGACUGACUUUUUUCUCCAUAUGUUGAUUAACAGGAAGUCAUACGCUUCUUCAGAUACCAUUUCAUAGUGCAUAAACAUGUUCCCCUGAAACAAAAAAGCAUGAACCUUUAUGAGUUGUUUAGUUUGUUUUAGUGACGUCUUGUUAUUUAUCCAAAACCACAGAAUAGGUUUUUACUUUUUCAAAUUUUGUUUUUGCUCUGUUUUAAUUUUUUUCACAUGAUAGUCUGAAAAUUGAAAAAUGUCUUAAAGAGCAUUUUGUUGCAGUCAAGUUGUUUUUGUUUUUGUUUUUUUUUUAACACUACUAGGGCAGAAGAAACCCAUAUAGAUGCACUAAUUAGCAAGUACUCCUUUAUUUUUAUUUAUGAAUACUGUAUUUAUUUUCAUGGGGUUAUUGCAUUGUCACACUGUGACAACCCAGCACUAAAAAAAAACAUGGCACCAAGUUUGUUUACACUGUUUGGUCAUUAUUAUUGUUGUUGUUGUUAUUAUUUAAAGCUGAUGCACAUGUUCUUGAAAACAGAAUUAGUGAAAGGGAGGGUUUUUAGAGCACCAUACAGACUGUUCUUGACUGAUUUGCCUGUUUAAAUAAAGGCUGAAUUGAAGAUCCUCAUAA